CUAAAACCCUCUCUUUCUUUUCUCUACCUCCCACGCACGCCUCUUUCACAGACCACCCUCCUCGUUUUAGGCACAUCUCCCUCUCAUCUUCGCUGCCCCAGCCAACCGCGCCAACAACCCGCCGCACGCCGUUAACUUCAUAGUGCCGCUUGGCCACUCCACCGCGGCUCCGCGGUGAUCCUACCGCAAUAACGUCACCUCGCCGUCCAGACGCACUGCAGCAUCCCACUUCGUGGAGUCCGCUGCUCCUCACCGCUCCAUUUUUGCACUGCCUCGUCACCAAACCCAGCCAGCCACCGCCCCAAGUUUGGUGGUGGAGAGUUGUUGUAGAUCAAGCCAGCAGUCAUAUGGAAACUUGGGUGCUGUAUAAUCCUGUAUUGGGAGGUUGGGACUGGCCUUGUAGAAUGGAAACUGAAGAAGGUAUGUUGAAUUUGGAAUCAGAGGAGAAUGUUUACCAAAUGUAUAAGGAGUUCUUGGCCAGGGUUACAAAGUUUGAGGAAUUGGUGGCUGUAGGAGACAGGUUUCUUACUGGUUUUCAGCAAGGGCUGGAGUAUCUUCGGCGGUAUCCGAUUGACCGAAAGUCUGAAUUGGUUGGGGAAAUUUUUGAAACCAAUGAGACAAAGAGGCUCAGAUCUUACUUUGAAGCUAGAUGUAUCAAUAUCGAUGAUGGUGUGCAUAAUAUAAGCAAGUUGCAUACAUGCCAUCUUGGACUUCGUGACCACUUAAGUAAAGCAAAAAACAUACUUAGUGGACUUGAAUGCCUCUUGGAAGAAGUAACUGCAGCAAUGCAUAAUGUGAAUGGUACUUUAUCACCCUCUGGGUAUGAAGACUUUGGUGAUGGGUUGAAUGGACAAGCAAGUUGUAAUAAGAAGGAGGAAGUGGCAUCAUCUCGACUUAGAAGACCUGAAGUAACUGACUUUGCUGCCCUGAUGGGGAUCAUUUACAGUAUGGUUAAACAAGACUAUAUAAUGCAGGAAAAAAUUGUUUCUGCACUAAACUUAAAAUCAUCGUCAGGAGAAUUAGAAAGCUACUGCCUAAUGUGGUCUUUGCGUCCCUUUGUAAACGAUGAAAUUAUGCAUCAGGCUUGGAAACUUAUUCCUUGACCAUCACAGAUUUCUGAGCUUUGAGUCCUGAUUGUUUCUUUUUGAAAGAUUUGCAUUCUCAUAGCUGAAUUCAUUUCACAAAAUCAUAGUUUUGCUUUU